CUAACACUGCUUUUGACGUCCUAACACCGUGUAAACAUUUGCAGCUUGUGAAAUGAAGUUUUAAAGGGCCAAUCUUUCUGGCAACUUUUGGUUUAAGCAAAAGUGAAAGAGCGAUCAGCUGGACAGGAGACUACCUUAUCAAACACUAAUCUCUUUCACUUUGCAAUGUGGAGGUUUUUGACCUAGAUUCUGUCCUUUGAAAGGCAAAUGACUGUAGAUAAUUCUAAAAUACUGCGCUAACUGCUAAUAUAAAAGGUUAAUUCCCUAACCACAUUUAUUUGACUAUCCUGAAAAUCUGUCAGCCCGAAACUGUCUGCUUUUAUCCACCUUCGCUUUUUACCUUCUGAGCAGCCCUCUCCAUAGCAACUAGAAAUGUCUCUGGGCUGAAAUAAUCCUCUCCAGCUCCCAGUGCACAGUCAAGGAAUUUUAAAAACAGAACUUUGGAACCGCAAAAGGCUCUCAGAGAUUUAAAGGCCCAGGGAGCUCAAGAUAAAUAUCCAUUUCUCUUUCUUGAGAAAUUCCUCUGGUUGUAAGGUCUCCUAUGCACAGCCCUCACCGCAGGUCAGCUCAAGCCAAAGGAAGAGUGGACAUGUGUACCCUGACAAAUCUUUCAGUGUUGAUGGUGCUACUACUGUCCUACCUCCUCGGCCUUGUUUCGUCUACUGAGGUGGACAAGGCCCCAACUCAGGAUACCAGCAGUGCUGGGAGUCAAGGCCUGCUAGAAGUCCUAAGGGGCCUCUCUGUUGGUGCCAACCAGUCCCUCAUCCAUCCACGAAGCCUCAUCAAAAUUCUGCUUGAGAAGACUGGGUGUCCACAGAGGACAAAUGGAAAACAACGAGUCUGCAAGCUGUGCUUGGAGCCCGAUGCACUGUUACUCACGGCUGGAGGAGAUUUUGAGGAUGAGCUUAGAGAGGAAGAGGUCCAGAGAGUUUCUCUCCUCCUCCUUUAUUACGUCAUUCACCAGGAAGAGAUCUGUUCAUCAAAGCUCAACAUGAGCAACAGAGAAUAUGCAUUUUAUCUGCAUAGCCUCCUGGGCCUCAGGCAGGAUGAAGACUCCCAUUUCCUUUCACAGAAGGAAACUGAUGACAUCUUGGCGCUCACCAGGAAGUACUUUGGCACUUCUGGUGGCCAGUGUGUGGACACUGAGACUCUACAGAGGCAAUCUGGCAUUCAGGGCAGCGAUGGCGCUGAUGAAAAGACACUUCCUCAGCUGGCUGCAGCCAUCCUUGCCCUGUCACUCCAAGGAGUUUGCCUGGGGAGAAGAGACUUGCCUUCCCCAGAUGACUUCACAGACUACAUUUUCAGUUUCUUGAACAGGACCAAUUCCCUCCACCUAUCCGAACUAGAUCAACUCCUCAACACACUCUCUACCAGAAGGGCCUGUGCCAAAAAGGAUGCCCUCCAUCAACACCAAACAAAAGAAAACAUGACAAUACACAGUUGGGGAGAUCCUAAGACAUCUAUAGCAAUGGAGAAAGAGUCCGAUGACCGUUCUGUUUCCUGGAAUCAGGCUUGCUUCUCUGCUAGGCAGCUGGUGGAGAUAUUUCUACAGAACCGUAGUCGUCCAUCUAUUUCUAAGGAGGACUUUAAGCAGCUAAGUCCAGGGAUUGUCCAGCAACUACUCAGCUGCUCUUGCCAAACGCCCAAGGACCACCAAGAAAAGCCCCCACCCACCACUCUGGAGAAAUAUGGCUACAGCACAGUGGCUGUGACGAUCCUGACGUUGGGCUCGAUGCUUGGGACGGCGCUGGUCCUUUUUCACAGCUGCGAGAACUACGGCCUUGUUUUACAGCUGUUCGUGGGCUUGGCUGUGGGCACCCUCUCUGGGGACGCCCUGCUCCACCUCAUCCCUCAGGUUCUUGGUUUACAUAACCUGGAUUUUGGACAUUUCCAUGAAAGCCAAGGUCCUAUUUGGAAACUGUUGGGAUUGCUUGGAGGCAUCCAUGGGUUUUUCUUGAUAGAAAAAUGUUUUUUCCUCUUCGUGUCACCAAAUACCAAGGGCCUGCCAUUUGUUAAUGGACAUGUGGGACAUGCCCACCAUCUUGCACUCAACCCUGAAUUCAGUGACCAGCCAAGUGGAGGCAAGUCUAUUUCAACCAUCCAGCUGAAAGGCCCAGAAGAUUCACAGACAUCCGAGCUACCCAUUGGCGAUGUUCCAACCUCCAACAGAAAAUGCAAAACUGUCAGCUUAUUGGCAAUUAUGAUACUAGUUGGGGACAGCCUGCACAAUUUUGCAGAUGGCCUAGUAAUAGGGACAGCCUUCUCCUCUUCAUUGGAGUCAGGAAUAACCACAACAAUUGCUAUUUUGUGUCAUGAAAUUCCACAUGAAAUGGGAGACUUCGCUGUACUCUUAAGCUCUGGACUUUCCAUCCGGACUGCCAUCCUAAUGAACUUUCUAAGUGCCCUGACCGCCUUCAUAGGACUGUACAUCGGUCUCUCCGUGUCUGCUGAUCCAUGUGUCCAAGACUGGAUCUUAACAGUGACUGCUGGAAUGUUCCUAUAUUUAUCCUUGGUGGAGAUGCUUCCUGAAAUGACUCAUGUUCAAACACAGCGACCCUGGAUGACGUUUCUCCUGCAGAACGUUGGAUUGAUCCUAGGCUGGCUUUCUCUUUUGCUCUUAGCUGCAUAUGAACAGAAUAUUAGAAUAUAAGUUAAGAUGCUUCAAUGUCUUCCAAAAUUAUAUCUCAUUUCUUAUGUGUUCUCUAUGCUGAUUACUAAAUUCAGUAUUUUUAUUUUAGGCAAAGAGUGUAUUUUAUCUUAUUAAUUACGUAUUGUAAUAUUUUUAG